GUUGCUCCAACUGGUUCACCAGACAGCGUAUUCCGUGUGAGGAGUUAGAAAGCUGCUCAUUCAGACUGUGCUCGUUCAUGUAACUGUCUCAUCUAACCCCGUGGCGUGUUUUUAAAUUCCUCUGUCUUAUUCGUUACCUCGGGACUUUGAGACAAUGUAGCGGUGCUGUUCAGCUGACCCUUUGAGAUGGAGAGAACCUCAGCAGAAGAUGACUGCGUGGAUUCAGGAGCCGAGACUGGAGGCCAUUAGACAGAGAUGUGCUUCAGUUUCUCAUGCGGUCUGAUUACAGUCCCUUGUCCUCAACCAGCAUGUGUGGAGGUGAGUUAUCCAUGGGCGAGCUCCAGGAUCCCUUCCUCGUUAGCGUCCACCUCAUCGCCGACCCUGGCCACGGCAAGUUUCUGCAGCGGGCUGCCGAUGCAGUCCUGUCGUGGGUCCACCCUGAGCUUCAGCUCUUCCGAGUCUCAGAGCGGGCCUCCGUCUCCUGGCCCAAGCACCAUCAAAACGGCAGCUCGGUUGAAGCCGGCCAGCCAGCCCUGGCGGUUAUCGUCUUCCUCCAGGAGGCGGACGGUGGCGAGGAGCAGAUACUGAUGCUGCACCACACUCUGCACAGGCCACCUUGGCGCUACCACCACACUGAAAAAGUCAGCAAUGGCCGGCGGAUGUUACCGCUGGCACCAUGCAGCCAGGACUUUUUCACUCUGUCUGCUGGCACGCCGCUCUGGGCUGUGCGGCAGGUCCAUUAUGGGAAAGAAAUUGUGCGAUUCACUGUUUAUUGCCGACAUGAAAAUUAUAUUGACAUGGUGCAGCUUUACAAGCUGUUGCUUCAGCGCAGGGUAGCGCAGAAGAAGGAGGACUUUUGCUUCUUUGUGGUGUACUCCAACCCGGACAUGGAGAUCCAAUUGUCAUUUAAGAGGCUCCCACGAGGUCAGAGUCCGGCAGUGCUGGAGUCAGCGGUGAUGGAAAUGAGGGUACGAGAUGUUGGGAUGCUGGUGCCCCUGCUACCCCACCCUUGCAGCCCAAUCAGUGAAGUCCGCUGGCAGACAGAGGACUACGAUGGAAAUAAGAUCCUGCUGCAGGUCCAAGGUGCAAACUUCAAACACCAACAAGAACCCUGCUACAUAUCCUCGUCUGUCACUGAGUCAGCCUCAGCUCCAUCCACCUUCACCCGCAGCGCCGCCUCCUACAGGAACCGUCGGCACCACCACCGGUCAACAUCCCGUCCCAGCGUCCACCAGGCCUCCCACAGCUCCCACCCUCUGGCCUGUGACGAGCAGGACCAGUGGGUUGACCAGCACCAUCCGGACACCUGGAGGGCCCAGUGGAGUGGCCACCGGUCCAGCUCCCUCUUCUCUCUACCCAACCUGGGCUCAGCCAGCUCCCACUCCACUUGCUCCUCGCCCGGACCACCUCCCAGCCCCCAUCACAGGAGCCACUCCCUCAACCGGAGCUCCUCCCUAAUCCCGCCCUUCCGGCUCAACUUGGACGCUCUGCUUGGGGCUGAAGAGACAGAUGUGGACACAGGAAACAAAGUGAAUCCAGGCAGCAAUGUGGACCUCACAGUGGUGUCUGCAUACAUCAAAUCCAGCCUGCCACAGACUUCUCGGCCCCUAUCGGCACCACCAGAAGACAUCGGUCCAUCCCUCUCUCCUGGCCUCCCAGAGAAUGCCUACAGGGCAGCCACACUGGGACGGAUUCCAAACAGCUUCACCGCCAACAGCACUCCCUCCACCUUGUUUGGGUCACGUAUCCUCAGCAGCAGUACGAACACUACGUCCCUGAGUGAUGUUUCCAUAAACCAGUCUGACAAUUGCAGCAUUAUUAGUGCACCUGUUGAAGAGACAGACAAGAUAGAAGAAGAAGAAGAAGAAGAAGAAGAAGAAGAAGAAGAAGAUGAUCAAGAAUUCUACAUUUGAUGUAUUACUGUUUAGCUGAGAGGAUUCACUCAGGCCAGUAAAGACCAUCCACAGCUCUACUCUGCCCUCUGGUGUUUGAUAGUAAAACUAAAAUUACAGCAACAGUGUAAACUGGAGCACAGCACAAACUGUAUGUGAUGCUCUCAUGUUAUUUGUAAAUGUUGCGUUUGUUGCUUGUAGUUUUAAGUUUUGUGUAAAUAUCAGGUUAUAUAAUGCACAUUUAAAGGAGAAAUAACAUCACUCUGUACAGAUACACUAUUCAAUAAAUGUAUUGUGUGCUAUACACUUUGAGGUCCCUUUCCAGCCUUGAUUCUCUAUUUUACUUACAUCAAAGUGUUUAUUUAAAAUGCUAAUGUGGUUUGAGCAUUAAUAUGAGAAUAUAAUAAACUUUAUUUAUACAUAGCACAUAUUAAGAUUAAAGGGAAAGCAGGUUAAAGUCUGAAGGCCCCCAAGUAGCUUAGUCAAGUUAGUGAGAAUGACAGCAAAGUGACUGGCUGUUUCAUAUUUUAUGCAGAGUUUAUGGGAGUUUAAACAAUACAGAUAGUCCUGAUAUCAUAGAGUAGUACAUGAAUAAAAGAAACUCAUACCAUGAGCUGGCACCUCAGUGUGGUAAUUGGUAAGUCAAACAACUAAGUUAGGAAACUGGCACUUACUGUGGUGAAUGGCCUUGAGUCUGUUCCUUACAUCAAGAAUAUUAAACUGACGCAGAUGACUUACA